AUGACACUAUAUAACAAGAAAAAAAGGAAAUGUAAUAUUAAUUUCAUAGACAUAGAACUGGAGGCUUUUAUAUUUGGGUGUUUUUUAUAUAGCUGGAAUGAUAUAUUAACAAACAAUAUAAAAUAUAAAAAAUGUAAUAACAACAAGGAUGAGAAACUAAAAAAUAAUAAUAAUGAUAAUAAUAAUAAAAUAAAUUAUAACACAGUUAAUAAUAGAAAGAAAAAAUUGACUACUUUAAAAAGUUCAGGAGUUAAUAAAAGGAAUUGCUCUAUUAAAAAUAAUAAAAAGAAUAUAACUACAAACAAUAUUUUUUAUAAUUGUUCAUCAAAAAAUAAAAUAAUAAAUAAAAGUAACUCAAGACAUUAUAUAAAUAAUUGUAAUAAAUAUGAUGAAGAUAUAUCAUCUUGUAGUAUAAAUACAGAUUUUCAAUUUAAACAUAAUAUUGAUAUUAACGAAUUAAAUGACAAGCUCUUAUAUUUUGUAAAAAUUAAUUUCUGUUUAAAUAAUAAAGACUUUAAUAUUUUUUAUAAUUUAUAUCAUUUUUAUAAGCAUAUCAAAGAAGAUCAAAAAAAUGAAGAAAUCAAACUACUCAACAGCUUUUUUAAGAAUAACAUUGUAAAAUGUGGAAGGAAGUUUAAAAAUGGUUGUGCUAAUAAAGAGGAUAUAAAAGGACACUCAAACAUUGAGGGCAAUAAUAAAAGUGAUGUUCAUACGUGUGAUAAAUGUGAUAAUAAUAAGUAUGAUAAUUGUGAUAAUAAUAAGUAUGAUAUAUGUGAUAAUAAUAAGUAUGAUAAACGUGACAACGUUUUCCAUGGCCGAUAUAAUAAUUCAUAUCAGAAGAGCAGAAAAUUACAGAGAACCCACAAGAACAAAAAAAAAAAUAUAACAACAAAAGGACAUGUGAAUUGUUUUUUUUGUGAUAUAUAUAUAAAUAAAAAAAAUUUUGAUGAUUCCACAAAAAUGGAAAAAUUUAUACAUUCAUGUAUGAACAAAGUAUAUGCUAAUAAAAGAUGUAAUUUGUUGAAUAAAUGUAUUAUAAAUAUAAAAACGUUUGAUGAUAAUUUUAUUCAUUCAACUACUAUAGAACGUUUAUUUUGUUUUAUAUAUACACAUAUGGAUAAGAAUUUAAUUUUUUUUUGGUUUAAUUUUUUAAAAGUUUUAUUAAAUGUUACCAUAGAUAAACAUUUGAUGAUAAAAAUAUUUUUUUUCUUUUGUAAAAAGAAUUUUUUAUUAUCUUCAUUUUUUCAUUCAGAAGAAAAUAUAAUUAAUCAUGAAUUUUUUAGUAAAAAUCAUACCAUAAAUAAAUCAUCAAAUAAUUUUAUAUUAGAUAUUAUGAAACCAUACAAAUGUCAAAAUAUUACAAACCUUAUUUUAAAUAAUAAUUUUGUCUUACUACAAAACCUUCUCGAUUACUUUUAUAUGAUAUGUUCUACAAGAAAUAUGAGCUUUUAUGAUAAUUUCUUUCUUAAUAUACAAAUGAUAAAUUUUAUAUAUCCUGUUCAACUUAACGUUUUCCAUUUUUAUUAUAUGAAGCUAUAUAAAAAAUUUAACAAUCAAAGAUUUUUAUAUCAACAAAGGAUUAAUUUUCAACCCAUCUUAUAUUACACUAACACAAAUAAAAUAAUGAUAUUAAUGAAAAAGAAGAAACAAAAUAUAACAAAAAAAAAAAAAAUUAAUUAUAAUGAAAAUAAACAAAAAAAAAACAAAGUAAUACCAUCAUUAGAUGAUUCAUGUGUUCAUAAUUAUGGUAAAUCUAAAAACGUAUAUAUUAAUAACACAAAGGAAUUAACAAAUAAUUAUACAAAUUCCAUUUGCUCUAUUUCUAAAAAUAAUCUUCAUAAUCAAAGGAAUUAUGUAAAUAAAAAAAUUAUUACGAAUGACAGAAAUUAUCAAAAUAAUUCAACUAGCCAUUUUCCAUAUAAUGAUGAAAAUAUAUAUACACAUUAUAAUAAUUUCAUUAUUGGUAAAAAUUGUAAUAUGAUGAAUACACAUUUCAAACAUUUUAAUAUUACAUAUCUUAAUAAAAAAGGAAAAAUUAUAUAUGAUCGUUUUAAUAUUAAAACUUUUAUUACUGAUCAAAUAAAUAAAUACUUUUAUAAGGAUUAUAAACUUGAUAAUAUAAAAAGAAUAAAAAAAAAAAAAAAAAAAUAUAAAAAAAAUAUGAAAAAUAUCGAAAAAAAAAAAAUACCUGCACAAGUCAGGAAACAAUAUAUUAAUCGCUAUUUCUAUGAACAGCUAUUUUCAAGAAAAGAAAAAUUAUUAAUAAAAAAUGUGGUUGCAUAUUUUAAAAGAACAUAUGAAAUAUUAAAUAAAUAUAUAGAGAUGAAUAGUUUACAAAAGCAAAGUAAUAUGUUUUAUUUUUUAUUUGAUGCUUUACCAACAUUAAAAAGGAAAAGUAGCAUUAAGAAUAUAUUGGAGCCUUAUAUAUGUACUAUAUUUUCACGUUAUGAAUUUAUGGAUAUAUAUAAUUUUAUUGAAAAUUUGAAAAGACUAUAUACUUUAAAGAAUAAUAAAAAGGGAAAUACUAUACGUAUGAAAGAACAACAUCCUUGCUUAAAAUUUUUGAAUGAUUUGCAAGGGUUAAAUUAUAUUUACAAUAAUUUAAGACGUGAUUAUUUGAUGUUAAUGCAGAAUGUGUAUCAAGAAAUCAAAGGAGAAAAUAAUAAAAAGAAGAAUAAUGAUAUGUUUUAUGAUAAUAGUUUAAAGUAUAAUAUGUUGAAUAAUAAUAAUAAUAAAACAUAUAAUCAUAAUAUUAUAAAUAAUAACCAAAUAAUAAAAUGUAAUAAAAAAACGAUUCAUAAAUUAAUAAGGAAUGAAAAAACUGAUAUAUAUAAACAUGUGUCUAUAUACAAAUUUUCAUCAAAACUUAUAAAUAUACAACAUAAUUUAUUUAAUAUAUAUUUAGAAUGUAAUUUAUUAAAUAAAGCUUAUGAAUUGGUAAUGUCAGAUUUUGAUUUUUCUUUUUCAUUAACAGAAGAAAUAAUUUUCUUAUAUAAAAUAUAUUUAAUUGAAUUAAAAAAAAAAAACAUUUUAUAUUCUUUUGAAAUAUUAAAUAUAGCCUUUGAUAAAUGUUAUGUUCUGUUAAAAAAAUAUUUAUGUAAUCCAACAUCAUUUAAAUUAUUAUCAGUUAUUAGUAUUCAUUUUAGUCACAUGUUAUUUAAUUAUCCUUACUUAACCAAAUUUUUAACUUUUCUUCCAUAUCAAAAAAUUAAAUUUAUUAAAAAUAAUAUACUCAUGAAUGAAAAUAUUAAAAUGGAGCAUUAUAAUAAUAUGUUCUACGAAAAAAAUUAUUUCAGUUACUUCAAUAUCUAUGACAAUAAUAAUAAUAAUAGUAAUAAUAAUAAUAAUAAUAAUAAUAAUAAUAAUAAUAAUAAUAAUAAUAAUAAUAAUAACAAUAAUAGUAAUAAUAAUAAUUAUUUAGAUGAUAAGAAUGUUAAAAAAAAUAACCAACUUAAGGAUGAUAAUCCUUAUUUUCAAUCACAGGAAUUUUUUAAUAAAAACAAUUUUAAUUUAUAUCCCACUUAUAUGGAUCACACACACAAUUAUUUACAAAUUCUAGGAAAUAAAUCAGAUAAAGAGAAAAAAAACGGGUUACAUGAUUAUUAUAAGGAUUCAAAUAAAGAACCUUAUAAUGAUAUAAGUAUGGGUUGUUACAAAUAUAUAAAUACGGAUAAUUAUAAACACGUGGAUGUAGAUAAUUGUAAACAUAUAAAUAAAGAAAGUUAUAAUGAUACAUAUAAUUAUUAUAAAGAGCUACAGACAUGCCACAAUUCUUAUAAUAACAUACAAAGUGAUGACCAAAAUGAUAACAAUGAUAAUAACCUUAAGAGAGUGGAUACGAAUAAUGAAGUCUUAUUAUUAUCAAAUGAUAUUUUUAAAUAUGAUAUAAAUAACGAUAAUAAUAAUAAUAAUAAUAAUAAUAAUAAUAAUAAUAAUAAUAAUAAUAAUAGUAAUAAUAAUAUAGAUAAAAAUAAAAAUAAUUCUUAUAAUGAUGAGGGAAAAAAAAAUGAUAGGACUGGUAAUGAUAAUGAUUAUAUUUAUUUUCUUGACAAUAAAAGUGAUUAUAAUUUUUUAAAUAAAUAUGAUUAUUUUCAUAUGAAUAAAGUCUUAAAAAUUUUUAAUUUCAUUUUUAAUAUUUUAGAAUGUACACUUCAUAAUAAUGAUGUAUCUAUUAUGAAUUAUAACAAAGAUACUACUACAUAUGCAUUUAAUGAAAGAGUAUAUAAGAAUGAAUUAUUAUUAGAAGAUAAUAAUUAUGAAAAUAAAAAUAUUAGUAAUAUCAGCAAUUAUAUAAAAGAAAUUGUAUAUAAAAUCGAAUUAUAUUUUACUAAUAUAAAAAAUAAACAUGUUCAAUUUUUAGAAAAUAUUCAAGAUAUAUCAAAUAUAGAAAGUGCUGCAGAUGAGCAAUAUGUAAAAAAUGUUGUAAAAGAUAUUGAUAGAAGUAAAUUUCGAAAUUUAUUACAUGAUUCAAAAUUAAAUAAAUCCUUAAAAUAUAAUGAUCAAUAUAAUUCUUUUUUUUCAUUUGAAUUUUUAUAUUUAGCAUAUAUAUGUUCAAAUUCUUUCUCAGAUAAUAUUUCAAAAAAUUAUAAAAAUGUACUUUUUAAAAAUUUUAAUUUUAAUGAAAUAUGGCUAACUAGCCAUCAAAUAAAAAUCAAAAUAUUUAUUUCAUUAAUAUGCAUGUCUUUAUAUGAAAUAAAUUUAAUGGACCUAGGAGAAUUUUUUAUUGAAAUAUUAAAAAUUAUAUUACAUCGGUUUUAUAAUAAUUUGGAUUAUAAUGAUAUACAAAUUAUACAAUAUAUAUUUUUAAAUAUAUCUAAUGAUACUUUAUUUUCUUGUUAUAAUAUGAUAGAUGAUAUAAAAGAUAUAAUUAGAAAUAUUCCACGAACAGAUAAUAAUAAUAAUAAUAAUAAGCAGUUGUUUUAUGUAUAUCAAUUAUAUGAAACGAAAAUGAUUUUACAGAAUUAUCAAAAUAAUUUAGACAAAGCAGACACAAAAAAUAAAUUUAUAACUACAUUAUUAAAUUAUUUAAUUAAAAAAAAAGAUGAAAUAGAAAAUAAGAAAGAACAUUUAAAUGAAAUACACAAUGUUGUCAAUCAUGAUAUAAAGGAAAAGGAUAAACUCAAUAAUAUGUUAUGCACAAAUGAUAAGAUAAAUAAUGAUGUGAUUAAUCCAAUGGAUCAAAAUAGUAUGAAUGAUCAGAUGCAUGAUAUAACAAAUGGUUCAUAUGAUAAAAAAUGGAAAGAAACUAUGUUACAAGUUGAUACAUUAAAAGAAGAAGAAAAUAUUAUAUAUAAUCAAACUAAAGAUACUAGCAAUUUAUAUAUUGAUGAUAAUAUUUUAUUUGACAAUUUGAGUGAAAAUAUUUAUGCAAGUGAGACCUAUGAAGAGUUCGAAGAUGUUUGUGCAAAUAAUAAUACAUACAAUUUUGAUUUUUUCUUGACUGAAAAAUGUUUGGAAAAAAAUGACUUUGUAUUUUAUAAAAAAUGUAAUAAUAAGGAAAAACAUCAAGGGGAUAAAAAUGAAAAUAAUAAUUCUGACGAGCAUCCUAGUGGAAGCUCCUUUUUUUUCAAUAUGUUGAAUCAUUUAAAAGGAUGUGAAACUAAUUCAAAGAAGAAUAAAAAAAAAAAAAAAUUGAAAAUGAAAAAAAAAAAAAAACAACAAAAUAAAAAAAAAAAUAAUAAUAAAAUAAUAUUAGAUGAACAUGCCGUGAAAGCCAAAAAAAAAAGAAAGAAAAAAAAAACAUUACAAAUGACAUUGAAUAAUACAAAUGAUGAACUUUUAUUGAAUACAAAUAAAAAUAAAAAUUUAAAUAAUGUAGAUGAUAAUAUAAAUAAAAAAUACAAAUUAAUAUGGAAUUAUUUUAAAAUAAAUAAAGAAAUAUAUAUAGACAACUUUAUUGAUGAAAAAUAUGAAUCGAUUAUAAACAUCCAAAAAUAUAGAUAUAAAUUAAAUUAUUAUGAAAAUACAAAAUUAGACUAUUAUCAACAUUAUAGCUUCCAAAAACAUUUUAACAUACCAGAACAAAUAUCAGAAACUUCUUCUGUUUUAACUGCAUUAAAUCUAAGCAUGAGAGAUAAUAAUUAUUUAUCUUUUGAAAAAAAUAAUUAUGUAAACACAUGCUUGAAUUUAUUAUACAUUAUAGAUUUGUAUAUGGAAUUCAAAUCAAAUAUAUUUAACAGACCAUUUUAUUUUAUUAAAAAUUUAAUAAUAAUGUGCGCAAAUAUAAGCUUUUCUAAAGACUUAACAAUUAUAUAUAUUAAUGCACUUAUACGAUUUUGCUUAUUUGAACUAAGAAUGGAUAAUCUUUUCAUUUCAUCCAAUAUACUUAUUGAAAUAUUAAACAAUUUCGAAAAAAUUAAAAAUUAUAAAAACUUACUAGGAAUAAUUUUUUACCUAUGUGGGUAUAUAUUAUUACAACACCUUAAUUAUGAUAGUCAAAAGUUGUUUUAUGAAGAGAACAAAAAUGCUUUGAUGGAAGAAUAUAAUUAUUAUGUACUUAUGAAAAAGAAUUAUAUUAACACAUAUCAGAAAAUAAAGAUGGAAAAAACAAACUUGAAAAAAGAAGCUCCUUAUAAUAAAAAAAAAUUCAAUUAUUUUGAACAAUUUUUAAAGAAUAGUACCACUGAAUUAAAUAAUUUGAAUAAUACCCCAUUUUUGUUUCAAGGGAAUGGAAACAAUAUGGUUAAUAGUAAAAAGGAAAAGGGGAAUGAAAAAAGGGAUUUUUAUACAAAUUGGAAAUUAAAUGAGCAUUUAAAUGAACAUUUGGAUGAACAUUUGGAUGAAAAAUUGGAUGAAAAUUUACCUGACCAUUUACCUGACCAUUUGCCUGACCAUUUACCUGACCAUUUACCUGACCAUUUGCCUGACCAUUUGCCUGACCAUUUGCCUGACCAUUCAUAUUUAAAUCAUCAGAGUAAUAAGAACCAUUCUAACUUAGGUCCAUAUAUCUAUAUACACAAUGAACAAAUGUUAGAUUGUAUGAAAAAAAAUAGUGAGAGUUGUUAUUUAAGAACAAAGGGUGUAGACAAAAUUAUAGAUGAUUUUUCGAUGAAUGAAAAAAAAAAUAAUACAUUUGUAAAGAAGAAAAGUGGAAAGAAGUUAAUUCCUUUAAUAAAGAACCAAAUAAAAAUAACUGAUUAUUUUUCAAAUAUAAAGAAUGAAAAAUCUUUUGAUAUGUCGUAUGACAAUUUGUAUGUAUCAGAUAACAUUCAAAUGAAUAAUGCAUCAUAUAUGCAUAUAAAUAAAAAGAGAAAAAAAUCUAGUUAUAUAUUAUGCGAAGACAUGAUUUUAGAGAAAGGGCCAUAUUAUUCAGAAAAAGGUGCAAUUACCAAAACGAAUGAAUAUCCUUAUCUUUUUGAUCAAAUAAAUAAGAAACAGUUUUUUUUAUUUUUAAUUUGUUUCUAUAUAAAUCAGGCUUUAUAUUAUUGGUCAAAUGAUGGAGAUGCUAUUGGAAUAGCGAAUGGAGUACAACAGAAAAAAAGGAUAAAUGAUUCUUUUUUUUUUCUGAUGUCGUCUUAUAAAUAUUUUUAUAAGUCCUCUAUAUAUUUAUCAAAACAAGUGAAUAUACAAGAUUAUAAAUCUCCUUUUUUUAAUUACUCAUUAUUUAAUACAUAUUAUCAAUUCUAUAUAUAUUACAAGACAAUAUUUAUGAAAUGUAAUAAUGAAAAUAUAAUAAAUUUGGUGAAAUAUAAUAAUUAUUAUUAG